AUGGCGGCCAACAUGCAGCACAUGGCUGGGGCCGGCCAGAUGAUGCAGCAGCAGAUGAGGAAAGGGUCUCACCCUCAGCUCCAGCAGAUCGUGUACCAGAACCUGGUCCAACACACACAACCCUUUACCAGUCUAUGCUGGCAGUCCAAUGUCACCGUCCUUGACCGUCUUGGUAAAACCAUGAACCUCAUCACCAACAUUGCUCUCGCCAUGAACGGGUACGAUCACUUGAAGGCUGCAGAAUUUGGCUGCAACUUUGAGCGCAGCGUGUUUCAUGAAUCCCCGACAAAGGAAGCUUACGAGCGGGAGAUGACCAACAAGAUGGUCGAGUUCUACAAACAAAGAGAGGCCAACGGAACUAACAUUACGAACAAACUCAACGCCAACGCGCAGGCUCAAGCCCAAGCCCAGGCUCAGGCUCAGGCCAUGAUGCAAAUGCAGAUGGGACGCGGAAUGGGACAAGGUCCUCAGCAAGGUUUCCAGCCAAUGCAACACCAGCUCCAACCCGGUCAGAUGCCCCAGCAACAACAACAAAUGCCGAUGGGCAUGAGCAUGGGAGGAAUGGGCAUGCCGAACCAGGCAGGUCGCGGGAUGGGCCCGAACCAACAAAUGAUGGGAAUGCCGGGAGGACAGAACCGACCGCAACCUUUUCCCCAAGAAAUGGCGCGAUUAUCAGCACAAGACAAGGCCAAGGUUGCCGAGCUUGCGACAAAGAUUAUGAGCAAUGCCACUGAAGAACAGAAGAACGCUACCCGGAUGCAACUCUCAAAAGGACUCACUCCCGCACAACUUGCCGAGUUUCAAGCCCAAGGGAAGGAUCCACUAAUUUGGUUCUAUCAAAACCAUGCCUUCCAGAUUCUCAAGAACAACAUGGGCCGACUGCAGCAGCAACAGCAGCAGAGAGGUCAACCGCAGCAAGGCAUGGGCCAGAACCCUAACAAUCCCCAGGCGGUCAUGAUGCAGCAGCAGGCAAGCCAGAAGUCCCUUCAUCAACAAGGCCAGCAGCCCCAGUCUCAACCUCAGCAACAGCUCCCCCAGCAGGGUCAGCAACAAGGUCAGCAGCAGGGGCAGCAGCAAGGGGUGAAUGGCGCGCAAGGAGGAAACGACUUUACCUCGUUCACUCCCAACAUGGACAGCAUCAAGGACCAGCAGAUGAAUGGCCUUAUGGCACAGCAAGCUGGUCAGAUGGUUGUCCCCGCGAGCAACGGACCAAACCGCAAUCCCACACCACAACCCAUGGGCCAGAACAUGCCUAACCAGCAAGGUCCAAACCAAGGUGUCCGUCCUCCUCAGCAACAGCAGCAACAGCCACAGCAGAAUGUGAAUCUCCAGCAGAUGAAGAUGAACCAGGCCGCUCAGUCCCAGAACCAGGCUCAAAUGAAGUCGAUGCAAGGCCAGGCUGGCGUUGGUGGAAACAUGCAGCCUUCUCAGAGCCCUGCCAUGAAUACCCUCAACACUCCUGUUUCGCGACCGCCGAACGGCAUGAACCCGAUGGGCAACCAGGCUGGCGUCCAGUUUGGUGAUCAACGGUUCAACCAGGGAGCUCAGAGACCAAACAACCAGGCCUUCCAGAACAUGCUCGCCAAUCUUUCACAAGAACAGCGUGCGACCAUCAGCGGUUUGGCUCCGGAUCAGCUCAACGAGGUGAUGCAACGAUGGCAGAAUCGGCGACAGGAGAACAUGGCAAUGAACGGUGGCCAGGGCAACCCGGGGCAGAUGCAGAACCGACCUCCAGGCCAGAUGGGCCAGAUGAACCCCAACAUGGGUGGGCAAAUGCCUGUCGGCAUGCAACAGCCUGGCGGCCCGAUGAACAGCAACCAGCCACAGAUGCCAAUGCGUAUCCAGAACCCACAGGCGAUCGCCAUGAUGGACACGAUGGAUUUGCCGCCUCAAGUUCUACAACACCUGAACCAAGUUCCUCCUGAGGUCAAGAAGUGGGGGCAACUUAAGAUGUGGCUUAACCAGAACAAUGUUGGCCAGAAUGUUCGCAACCAGUUGGCAACUGUGCAACAGAGACAGUUCCAGCUCAUCCUCCAGAGGCGCAAUAACAUGAUGCCACAGCAGCAGCAACAGCAACCGCAGCAGCAGCCUCAGCCCCAGCCCCAGCCCCAGCAACAACACCAACCCCAGCCGCAACAGCAGCAGCCUCAACCUCAACAGCAGUUGCAGCUACAGCAGCAGCAACAAGCGAACCAGCCACAGGCACAACAGCAACAGCAGCCCGGCCAGCCUAACAAUGCGAACCCUGGCAUGCAAAAUCCUGGUGGAGUUGGACCAAAUGGUCUACAGGGGAUGCGGCAGCAGGUGGCCAUGAACGUUCCACCCCAGUUGCUUCAGGCCACUGCCCAGGACCUUGCGCAAGUCCGCAGCCAAAGACCAACCCUGGCCAACAUCCCUGACGAACAGCUGCGUGCGAUGGUCAUCCAGAUGAAGAAGCAUUCUUGGAUGCAGCAGCAACAGUUGCGAAACCAGGCGCAAGCCCAAGCUCAAGCCCACGCACAGGCCCAGGCGGCUCGCAACCAGGCCCAGGGUCAAGGCCAGCAACCUGUUCAGAACCAGAUGGGUGUUCCUCAAGCCCAGAUGCAAAUUCAGCAGCCGCCACAGCCCACCCAGACUCCACAGCCCCAGAACAUGCAGGUGCCAGACAUGGGACAGAAUGCUACUCCUCAGACAACCGGUCAGAGGCAGCCGAGCGCGACCCCCGAACAGACACGAGGUCCUCGACAGCAACCGGCCAACAACCGGGCCCAGCCUCCCAACCCAUCGCCGGCAUCAGCCCCGAAGAACUUGAAGCGACCAAGCAAUGAUGAGAAUGCUGACGUUCCUGAACCUGCCAAGCCAGCACCGACCAGACCUGCGUCUCAGCCGAACCAGCAGCAGCAAAUGCCCCAGCAGCAGCAGCAACAACAGGGACCCAAGCAAAUCCCGAACCUUGCUUCGCUUUCACCAGAACAAAGGGCCAAGUACGAGCAAUUGAUGAGAAUGCAGAUGGCGAACAGGAUGGGCAACCAGGAUGAGAUGGAGCGCCUCAAGGCAAUUGGACAAGAGGAGCAGCGGCAGGCGUUGCAGGAGCCCCUGACCGACAUUCCCAUGUCGCCCCAGGAGCAUGCUGAGACGGCGAGCAGACUACAAAGGAUUGUGCUCGACAUGAAUAAGAUUGGCCGUGGGCUGCGCAAGUGGUAUAGCGUUACUCGCGAUGAGGCGCGUGCUAGGAUGUUCUUCCGAACACGAUGGCGGAUCAUGAAACAGUUUGCGGACGGUGAACAGAUGAAGGUGCUCAAGGACACAUUCAGCAUUCGGUGUGCUGAGAUCGACCAGGCUCGGGCGAUGCUCGAGAGUAUGGCCAAGGAUCUCGCGGCUAGUGUCUACGCAUCUCAAAAGUAUGGUGAGAUGCAGCGGCAGCAGCAGGCGCAGCAGGCACAACAGGCACAGCAGCAGGGUACUCCUCAGGCCCAGAACGCCCGCCUUGCUCAGCAGCAACAGCCAGCGCCUCAGCAACAACAACAGCAGACACAGCAGCCGCAACAGGCACAGCAGCCUCAAGGAGGCCAACCAGCUGCUUUGAAUGCUGAGAAUCUGCGCAGGAACUCGCAGGCUCAGGCCACCGCCCCUAAGGGUGGCAACAAGGCCAGCCAAGCAGCAGGCGCUUCGACCACGGCCCAACCCUUUGCAUUUGGCGCCUUGUCACCUCACGGCAACCCCAGCUACGGCGGAAAGCCUCCCAAGGACAUGAACCUCCAGCUACCACCUGCGCGCAAGAAGCAGAAGACUACCGGGCAGACACCGCAGGGCGCCACUCCAUCACCGCAGAUCAGCAAGAAAUCGUCGCCUGAUAUGCGAAGAGCGUCCGAGUCUCAGGCGCCCCCCAAGCCGGUACUUCUCUGCAAGGAGCCAGAAUGCGAGCACUCGACUGUUGGCUUCCCUAAUGAGCAGGCUCUCCAGAACCACAUUCAGGAAGAGCACACCAAGCCGCAUGAGGAUCCUAUGGGAUUCGUGCGGGACAACCUGGCUUUGGCUCUGGGUCUGGAACCCGACGGCACUGUGAAGAAGGAGAAGCUGGAGGCGCCGCCCAUGAGCAUGACCAACUCCAAGCAGGGUCAGACCCCAGCUACCAUGACGGCGACGCCCAUGUCUGGCGAUGGGAUGAAACGAUCGGCUAGCAGCAUGAGUAGGCCCCUAGACAACAAGGCGGGCAACAAGACUGGCGCAACGCCCAAGCCGGCGGACAACAAGGCCGUUGAGAGCACUGUCAACGACCCAUGGGCCGGCUCGACGAUUGAUCCUCAAACUCUGAUGCAGAAUCUGGGUCUCGAGAAGGGAAUGGGAGUGGGCUUUGGCGCCACUUUCGACCCAACUCUCUACCGAUCAACAACACCCAACGACACACCAGAUUCGGCCAAGGAGGGCAGUGAACCAAACAGCGACAUUUCGGAAGGCGUAAGCCUCGACAUUGGACUUGGCUGGGCGAGCCUGGAGCCUGACAUGCUUCUCAACAUGAACAUGGGCAACACCAGUCUAGACGGCAACGCUGAGCAGCUGGACAUGAGCACUGUGCUUGAAGAGGCGGGCCUGGACCCUUCGAUGCUGAUGGAGCCAUCAAGACAGGCACCCGACUGGGAUGAGGUUCAGGUGGACUUUUCGAAGCCUUUCCAGAUGGACCCGAGCCAUUACUUUAUGGCAACGACGACUUCUUGA